AUGAGCACAGUUUCCAUUUCACCUACUCAUCAUGAUGUUUAUUUGGAUUCAAUACGACCAUCCAUUUCUUUUUAUCAACAUGCAAUUGAAUCUGAUCCUAAUGUUUCUAUAUCCAAAAACACUUAUUUUAUGGAUGGUGGUCAUCGGUUUAUUUCUGUACCGAUGUUGGGCAAUACAAAUACAAAGGCAGGUUCCGGUAUUUCACGAUUAUUUGAAGAAUGGUUGGCCAGUAAAUUAUAUAGUCAGCCAGUCUUAAUGGAUGAUCAACAACGUUUACCGAUUUUACAAGAUCAUGUCGAAUUGGUGGCUGAAGAUAUUCUAAACAAGAUGAAACAAUCCUCAUGGAAAGGCCUGGAUAAAAUCAUGAUCAAGGUACGGACUGGACAUGUAUAUACAUAUCAUUCAUGCGAUGGCCAACCUUUGAUCACUCAAGAUAUGGAAGAUCUUUUUCAACAAUUCCCUUUAUUCGUCGAAUUCUUUGUUUAUACCACUUCCUCUGAUGCUCCCUCUACUCAACUUUUACUCAUCGUGGAAAAUGUUACCAUCAAUCCUGGAAAUCCAUAUAAAUUGAUGGAAGCUUUUUAA